AUGCGGUACGCGCUUCGCGCUCUACGGGGAACAGCGACCUCRCCAUCCGCUGUCUACAGCCCGUGUGCAAAGCUGCAGGUCCGUCACAUAGCGGCAACAUGGCCGCGACAGAGAUCCAACGAUGACCAAGUCCGUCCCAUCCAACUGCAAGGCUACUAUGCCGACGCCCUAGAUGCUCCGCUUCGAUCCCUCCGGCAAAAUGACAAGCCUCCCGCGGAUCCAUCUCCAGAGGAUUCCAUUCCCUUGACGGAGAAGGAAAAGACACUGGCCAAAGCGCGUGUGGUCUUUGGAGACCGCAACACAGCCGCUGAAGAGCGGAGGCAGCAGAUGGAGAGCAAGAGCCAACUGAUUGCCGGGAUCUUGGUGCCACCCAAACCCGAAGAGCCGGACAACUGCUGCAUGUCCGGUUGCGUGAACUGCGUUUGGGAACUUUUCCGCGAGGACUUGGAGGAAUACGCUGCGAAGAGCAAGGAAGCGAAGCAGAAGAUGAUCGAAUUACGGAACAAGGGUCAAGCUACGGGUAUGAUGGCACAAGAAGCUGGUAUGCCGGCCCAUGCAGCAAUCAGCAUGGAUGAUGAUGGUGGCGGGAGCGAGACAAAUUGGACUUCUGCGCUACCUGUUCAGACAGCUCCCUCUGCCGAUGCCGACGUUGAUCUGGACCCACUGGCAGGCAUUCCUAUCGGCAUUAGAGAAUUCAUGAAAACUGAGAAGAGACUCAAACAGAAACACAGAGACGCUGGUGAAUACAUAGAGACUGCCCUCGACAAGGACCUACGAGCCAGUGUUUGGGGGAGUGGAACUUGA